AUGUCGUAUGAGGUGUUGCUGGAACGAGUGGGAUCACAAAAGCAUCUUCUUCAAUUCUGGGAUGAACUAACCGAAGAUGAAAGGGAAUCGCUAGCAAAGCAGAUCGAAUCCAUAAAUUUUGACGCUGUGAAGAAAGCAUUCGACGCGUCUGCUAACGUUUACACAGCCAGCCCGGAUAAUCUGACGCCUGUUCCGGAUAGUCACCAUAUAGUGUUCAAAAACCUGUCAGAGGAGGAAAGAAGUCAUUACUGGAGAAAAGGUUUGGAAGCGAUUUCUCGUGGUGAAAUUGCUGCAAUCGUUUUAGCUGGAGGACAAGCAAGUCGCCUCGGUUCUUCUGCCCCUAAAGGUAAUAUCUUAUUUUUGAGCAUCUUCUGUGAAAUAUGUCUUCAUACAAACUGUACACUCCGUAUGGUGCCUUAUGCCUUUACCUCAGAUUUUGAUUACCACUGUGUGCCAGGUUCGUAA